CUCCCUCAAUUUCUUUUUUAAUUUCCGUCCCUCAUUCUUUCGUCUGACGCGCGUAAUCUCGUCGUUCACCAAGACGUCACCAAGUACGCGCCGUUUGUCAUCUCCGUCGUCUCCGUCGUCGUAGCGUUUGUCUGUCCCACUCCAGCACGCGUCGCGAGCGCCGGUAGUGCAACUUGACGUCUCUCCUCGCACGCGUACUACGCCGACUACGCGUAGCUACGCGUAGUAUCCAGCGGACGACGCGUUCGAGCGACACGUUCAACCACGUUCGACGUAACGCGUACGUAUACCCGAACGUAUAUACAUCUAUAUGCACACGCGACGAACGUAGAGUGCGUAAACUCGUAUCCACGCACGCGUAAGACGCGCACGUCGUCCGUCGUGGGCACGCGCGAGGAGGCGGUGCGCGCGACCGCCGAGAGCGUCGCCGUCGUUCCUGUCAUUUCGUUCGUGCGAACUAUCGCGUGCAAGAACGUUGUAAUGUACGAGUAUACGAUGUGAAUUGGAAGGACCCUGGAACGCGGCAGGGACAGAUUCUGUUCCGACUUGAGACUCGAGUGAAGUUGGGUGAGAGACGACUCGCGCGCGCGCCCCCGCGCGCUCGUCGUUCCAAGGAUUUUUCAGUGAUUCGCGCGAUACGGCGCGGAUCGGUUGGUGUGCGUUGGUCGCCGAAUCGGAGGAAGAAGGAGGAGUGUAAUCUCGAGUGUCAAGAUCAGCGAUGCAUCUCAGCGCGUGAUGGACAGGCGAAGCUUCCCAGCUAGAAGCAGCGGCAGUGGCGGCUUCUUCUCCACCGGCAGACUCAUGGAUACGUGGAUAUUCUUCCUAUUCGUCGCCAUUGCCGACGUGGCGGCAUCAGUGGAGGUUCACUUUGAGAAUAAGGACGGUGGAUUCUUUCUGAAGCACAUACCGCGGCAAUAUUAUCCGGCUCGCGGUACGUCGGACACCAUCCCGCCGCUAUCUACAAGUGUAUCGAAUAACAACAACAACAAUAAUGCAGGAAGUGCAGUACCAUCGCCGCCGCCUGGCUCUGUCCUCUCGAUCGACAAGUUUACCGUCUUCCAGACGAGCGAACCGGUAUCGGUGCGGGCCACGUACGGUCCUUUCAGCACGAAACAGACCGUACCAGCGCGUUACAUAGUCCCCGAUCCAUUGGAUGCGUUGCCGGGACCAGAGACACGACGUAAUCUUACGGCAGCAACAAUCCUUGACGCGCAGGAGCUCGGCACUCGCCAUCUGGAUAUGUCAGCUCACCUGGUGGGCAACAGCGUGCCGCGCGAUUCGCCCGUGCUUAGGGUGCUCUUCCAUGCCGGUAGCGAGGCCGGUGGUAGACGUCAACUGCUGAUGGCACGACAUCAGCGAGUCUGCGUGGUGUUGCACGCCACCCUGGCCAGUCCAUCACGGGGGAAUGCAGCGAGUAGGAGCAGCAGUGGACAUGGUUACUCUUCCUCCUCUUCCUCCUCUUCGUCUUCAUCAUCCGCGCUUACGGCUGCCUGCAGCCCCGAUGGCGAGAACGGCGUAUGUCUCGCGCAGAUUACCAUACCGGCCGAUUGGUGGGCACCAUUACCGCCGCCCGAUGCUUCCGGCCGUGUCAAGGUCGCCAAAAGUCUGCCGCGAUUGAUUCAAGUUGCUUACUCCGUGCUGGAACCGCGUACGGAGGAAGGAGGACUUGGUGCCGGCAAUGGUGGCGGCAGUGGUGGUGGUGGUGGUGGUGGUGGUGGUAGUGGUGGUGGUUCGGUCGAUGCUACCGGUGAAUCGGGAUUCUGUAGACCCAGGGUACAAAUACAGCCAGUUACUCCUCUAGGCCAAAUACCGCUCGCACCCAACAAGGCGGAUUACAAGGAACUUAGAGCGGAUGAUUCGUUGACGUUGUUGGUACCGCAUGGACCGCUCUAUCCGAGAUCCAGGCUGCACAUCCCGGCCUUCCUACAUCCCGUUAAGGUGACGGAUCCACGACAGGAGCGACCGCCGUUGAUCGUCGCGGUUUAUUUAAGAGCGCGAGUAAAGUCCGGCGUGAAAAUCCUGGAUGCUUCAUCUAGCAGCCCGGACUGGAUUGUCGUUAGCGAUGUCAAUGUGAAGAACACAGCCGCCACAUUCACAGCGCGACGUAAGGAGAACUCGUCGCGUGUAUCGAGCACGUCCGCAGAAGAAAUAAUGACGAUGCUGUUGGAGGCUAGCGAGGAAGGUAUAGGCGGAAGCUGGGACGGCGGUAGAAUUGUAUGGAGCGUGCGUUACGCGCUCGAAGGCGAGGAGGAGAACGGCUCGCAGUUGACGGGCGUCGAUCAGCAACAGCGAAUGCAGCAACGCCAGCUGCAGCACCAUCAUCAUCAUCAUGUCGAGAGACGGAAACUGCAGGCACGGCUAGAGAUACAGAAGGAUGAUAUACAAGCGGUGCUUCCGAUCUCUAAGAACUGGGAGGUGAUGAAUACAGCGGUGUUGACGGGACGUCAAGUGUCGCAGGGGAUGAAGGUUUUCAUUGUGAGCCAAGCCGGCACGGUCGCCGAUGUUACGCUGCAGUCGUCCUGUCAUUCCGAGGACGAGAGUGUCCUCAAGGUAUCAUCCUCGUGCAGUAGCGUGUACGUGGAUGGUUCGGAGAUCCGGGGUUCUAGUAACGCAUCGGUCCUCGUCAAAUACGGCACGUAUACUGGUCUAGCAAGAUUCACCGUGUGGAUGCCUGAAUUUCCAUUGGAAGUAAGCGUCGCAGACACACGGUUGAAUCAAAUAAAGGGUUGGAAGGUGCCGGAGGAGCAUGUAGCAAGUGCGAAGACCAAGCGAAGUUUGCUGAAUGCGACGCGGAUCGAACAGAAGACGGAAGUUGCUUCAACGUCGAUAAUGCCAUUAGAAACACCACUGGUAACAGCACGAGCGAAGAAGAGAAGCGCCGUUGAUCUGGAAGAGUCGAUAGAGGACACGUCUAUAGACGUGGACGAUCCGGACGAACUGCUCGAGGAGGAUGAGCAUGAGGAACGAUUCCGAUCUAAUGGGAAUGAUCACGGAUGGGAUACAAUCAACUCUAUCGAUCGGAAUCUAUCUCCGGCUAAUUGCAGAUUGCGUUUCCAGCAAAGUCCGGUUGAGGUACACGCCCGAUUCUUAGCAACUGAUCACGAUUCGGGUAGAGUCUCGUACUUUGUCAAUCGGCGCACCUGGUUGCGCGUCACUGACCUCGUAGUCGGCAUGCUGCGCGUCUCCGAUCCUAGAAUAGCGACGCUUCUUCAAGGUAGAUUGGUCCAGGGACGCGGAGUGGGUCGCACGGAGGUGCAGGUACUGUCACCGAUCACCGGUAGAGUCAUCGGCGCGAAGGAAAUCAGAGUCGGCAACGAUCGCGUGUCUGUGACACGUCUGUCUGUCCGGGUGGUAUCCGGACUUCAACUCAGUAUCAGUCCAGAUACUGCGAUCGAGAACGGAUACGUUGCCGAAACCUCGGUUACGAGAAGAUUGACCGCCCAAUAUCAGGAAGGAUUGCUGGACAUUGACGUGGAGUUCUCGGACAGUACCCGUACACCCCUCAGGGAAAUCGCUGUGAGCGAUUACCAUUUACUGGUGGAGAGUCUAGAUCCGGAAGUUGUGGCGUUUGCACCAAUGGUCGCUUCCCAUCAUCCACGUGUAAUCGCGGUCGGUGAAGGCCGUGGUGACUUGCUGCGUGUCAGUUUGCAACUGGCCGAUUCCUGCCGAUUAUCCGGUAGACGUUCAAGCAAGGGUUCUCAGAGGACGACGGCCGCUGCGUUGGCAAGCGCGUCGGCUAACGUCGAGGUGGAUUUCGCUUCGAGCGAGGUACCCAAUCGGCCGGAAUUCGUGCAGAACGACGGCGGUGGCACUGUCGGUUCUCAUCAUCAUAGAGAACGUAAAACUGGCCGGGGCGAAAUAGCUUCCGAUCUACACGACAUCCUCAUCGGGUUACCGCUGAAAGACGAGAAAGACGGGCACGAGCACGAGCCUUUGGUGCAGGCACGGCAGCAUCGCACGGCUAUAGCUAAUGGCAUGUCUUCAGGGGGUAUGGGCGGCGUCGGCGUGCGUCACCACGGCGUCGGGACGCGGAUGAGUCCGCUCGAGAUCGGGAUGUACGUGCUGCUCGCGGCGUUCUGCUUCGCGAUCGUUGUCUUUGUCGUCUCCUGCGUGGUGUACGCCAGCAAGUUCAAGCCCCAGCCACCGGACUCCCCGCUGACCGGCGCGGCCGUUCCGGUACUUUCUGGCGCGGGUGCGAGGGCGCGUGCUGCUGCAAACCAGCUGGCAUCUGGCAGACGACCGCCACGCGAAUCGACCACCAACGCACACGAUUGGGUAUGGCUAGGUAGAGCGACUCUCGAACGAGCUGCCUGCGGUCCGCAACAGGUACGCGUAACGAGUAAUCCGCUGGCCGGCGAAGGGGAACCCGAGGCUGAAUUGGGUACAUGCUUCGACAAUCCGAACCACAUCGAGCUACCGUCUGCCAAUCAGCGGCCUAGCGGCGGUACCAGUGCCAUCGACACCACCACUUAUUCCAAAAGGGACCGAGUAGCGCGAAACAGUUUCGCAGCAAAAUCCGCGAUCAAACCAUCCGCGGUGAUACCGCCUACAACGGCUACGACAGCAACAACAACGGUGUCGAUUGUGGUUCCGACUACCACACGAAACGACAACGACGAUAUUCCUCCGCCCUUGCCACCACACGGAGUGCCGAUCACGAACUCGACAUCAACAACGACAACUACAGCGACCACGACGGUCAGCACAAACAACGGCAAUAACGAAGACUACAAGCCACCGGUACCGCCGCAUAGGAACACGGGGGUGGGCGUACGAUUACCAGAACCGCCUGCGCCACGGAAGCAUCGCCAUAGGGCGUCUAGCGGUGGCAGCAGCGGUCAUCACGGAAAUAAUCAUCGGCAUAAUAGUAAAGCACCGCAGCAGUCAAAUCAUAUAGUCAAGUCGCAUGGGAAAACUAAAGUAGACAACGCAAACAAGCAGAAUGGCGAGGACGAGGAAUUCGUGGAGUUGGUGAAUCACGACGAUAACAAUAGACACCUCGCAAAGGAUGCUGGGAGAUCACGGGAAAUUAAGAGGGCGACUAUAGUUGGUAAUCCAAUGUACUCGUCGUUCUCCACUUCCGCCGUGGUAUCCACCGUUGUCUCUACCGUAAACUCAUCUACUCCUACUGGCGGUGCGGCUUCGUCUACCACAACAUCUCCGCCAUCUUCGUCACCGUCCGCCUCUUCCUCCUCAUCCUCCUCUAGCUCCUCUUGCGCUUCAUCCUCUUCCCAGGAACAAGAAGAAUCGGUGGCUCUCGAUGACCUUAAUCUAGGUAUGGACUACAAUCAGAUUAUGCAGUACUUCGACAAUCUGAAAGAGUCGAAUGCCUAGGUGAGGCCGUUCGACCUUUCCAAAGGUCGAGUAGUAGUCAACGUCGAUACGGAACACCGGGAUCCUCGUUAGUAGAUACAGCGAACGCGUUGAGUUGCUUCUUUUUUUUCUCUUGAGAAUUCUAUUGAAAAUUCGCGACAACUCACUCUCGCGGGAACGAGAUUCCGCUAUAAUCGAAAACGAUAAUUUCCCGGAUAUUUCGUAUUUUAGACUUAAUCUAGUCAGCUUCCUAGCAGCACAUCAAGAGUAACGCGCAAACGCAUACGCAUACACACAUACACAUACGUUCAUAUUAACAAAAACUUAAGAAAGGAAUAAUUCUUUUGCACACGAUUCACCCAGUCUCUCGACAAUUUGUUACGACCGCUAGCAAUUUUUCGGCGCAACGGGUGAAAGUUCCUCAAGUAUGAUAUAAUUUUCCGAUAUAUAUAUAUACGUAUUUUAUCACACCGAUACGUAAAUAAUGAUACGUAAAAUGUAAU